AAGAAAAUGUCAGUCAGCAUGCAUGAAAAUCGCAAAUCUAGGGCCAGUACUGGCUCCAUAAACAUAUACUUGUUCCACAAGUCAUCCUAUGCUGAUAGUGUCCUUACUCAUCUGAACCUUCUGCGUCAGCAGCGUCUCUUUACAGAUGUACUUCUCCAUGCUGGGAACAGGUCAUUCCCCUGCCACAGAGCUGUUCUAGCUGCUUGCAGCCGCUAUUUUGAAGCAAUGUUCAGCGGAGGACUGAAGGAGAGCCAGGACAGUGAAGUCAACUUUCAUAAUUCAAUUCACCCAGAAGUCUUGGAGCUUCUUCUGGACUAUGCAUAUUCCUCCAGGGUUAUCAUCAACGAGGAGAAUGCAGAAUCGCUGCUGGAGGCCGGUGACAUGUUGGAGUUUCAGGAUAUUCGGGAUGCUUGUGCAGAAUUUCUGGAGAAAAACCUUCAUCCCACCAACUGUCUCGGCAUGCUGCUGCUGUCAGAUGCUCACCAGUGCACCAAGCUGUAUGAACUCUCUUGGAGGAUGUGCCUUAGCAACUUCCAGAGUAUCAGUAAAAGUGAAGACUUCCUCCAGCUGCCAAAAGACAUGGUAGUGCAGCUCCUUUCCAGUGAAGAAUUGGAAACUGAAGACGAAAGGCUGGUAUAUGAAUCGGCUAUCAGCUGGGUUAACUAUGACCUGAGUAAGCGGCACUGUUUUCUGCCCGAGCUAUUGCAGACGGUGAGACUGGCCCUCUUGCCAGCCAUAUACCUUAUGGAGAAUGUGGCCAUGGAAGAGCUUAUCACCAAGCAAAGGAAGAGCAAAGAGAUUGUAGAAGAAUCAAUAAGAUGCAAGUUAAAGAUCUUGCAGAAUGAUGGAGUGGUCACUAGUUUGUGUGCCAGACCCCGUAAAACUGGCCAUUCGCUUUUUCUUUUGGGUGGCCAAACCUUUAUGUGUGACAAGCUGUACCUGGUGGACCAAAAGGCGAAGGAGAUCAUUCCAAAGGCAGACAUACCAAGUCCACGGAAAGAGUUCAGUGCUUGUGCCAUAGGCUGCAAAGUGUAUAUCACUGGGGGACGAGGGUCAGAAAACGGAGUCUCCAAAGACGUGUGGGUGUAUGACACCCUUCACGAGGAGUGGUCAAAGGCUGCUCCCAUGCUGGUAGCUAGGUUUGGGCAUGGCUCUGCUGAACUUAAGCACUGUUUGUAUGUAGUAGGAGGACACACUGCAGCAACUGGUUGCCUUCCAGCUUCCCCUUCAGUAUCCUUAAAGCAAGUUGAACAAUAUGACCCCGUGACCAACAAAUGGACCAUGGUUGCCCCACUGCGAGAAGGAGUAAGCAACGCAGCUGUAGUCAGCGCAAAGCUUAAGCUGUUUGCUUUUGGAGGUACCAGCGUUAGCCAUGACAAGCUGCCCAAAGUUCAGUGCUAUGAUCAGUGUGAAAACAGAUGGACAGUACCAGCCACCUGCCCCCAGCCCUGGCGCUACACGGCUGCAGCUGUUCUGGGUAACCAGAUUUUUAUUAUGGGUGGAGAUACCGAAUUCUCUGCGUGCUCCGCUUACAAGUUCAACAGUGAGACAUACCAGUGGACUAAGGUGGGAGACGUGACAGCUAAGCGAAUGAGCUGCCAUGCAGUGGCAUCUGGAAACAAAUUGUACGUGGUUGGAGGCUACUUCGGUAUUCAGAGGUGCAAGACGUUGGACUGCUACGAUCCCACGUUAGAUGCAUGGAACAGCAUAACAACUGUGCCCUACUCGUUAAUUCCCACGGCAUUUGUCAGCACAUGGAAGCACCUCCCCUCAUAAUUGUGUAUGUUGCAAUUACAAAUUAUCAGUUUACUUCUUUAUUUGGAGAAGAGAAUUGGAACCUCAGAUCUGGAGAAACGGUUUGAUGAAGAAAAAUCGUUCAGCGGCUCUUGCAUUUGAAGAAAAUCAUCUGCACCUUGUAAAUUAUGUAACCUAGACAUGAAGGAAUGAGAGGGAAAAAACCUGUCUUCAGUGCUUCAGCACGUGGUUUAAAUAUGAAUGGACAAACCUAUGAUCUGGUCCUUGUGCUAGUAAUUGUGGAUUAAUGCCAAUAUUAAUCAGUCCUUCAAAGAAGAAAAAGAAGAGACGCAACUUCUCUGAGCUGUG